AUUCCUAUAAAUGAUGUGAUAACAGCUGUACCAAGAACAAGGUUCCUUUGUCUAACACGUUUCAAUGGCCCAGGUUUCUGUCUCUCCUCUUCCUUCUUCUGCAACUUCGCCUCUUCCACUACACCGCCGAAUCUUUCUCCGUCUUCAACGAACCGCCACCGCUUCCGCCACCGACUCCGUUUCCACGUCCACUUCCUCUUCCACUUCUAAUUUCAAGCCUAAAGUGGUUGUCACCAGAGAACGCGGCAAGAACGCCAAGCUUAUCACCGCUCUGGCUAAACAUGAAAUCAAUUGUUUGGAGCUUCCACUCAUUGAGCACACGCGGGGACCUGAUUUAGACAGGCUUCCAUCUGUAUUAAGUGAUAAUGCAUUUGAUUGGGUUGUCAUAACUUCGCCUGAGGCAGGUUCAGUCUUUCUAGAAGCAUGGAGAGCUUCGGGGAUGCCUCAUGUCAAAGUAGGCGUUGUUGGGGCAGGCACUGCAAGCAUUUUCAAGGAAGCUUCACAGUCGUUAAGCCAAUCACUUGAUAUUGCUUUUACACCAUCGAAAGCAACAGGAAAGGUUUUGGCUACAGAGCUUCCUAAGGUUGGAAAUAAAUGCACAGUUCUGUAUCCUGCUUCUGCAAAAGCUAGCAAGGAGAUUGAGGAAGGGCUUUCAAAUCGUGGAUUUGAGGUUACUAGGAUGAAUACAUAUACAACGGUUCCAGUUCAACAUGUUGACCAUGUGGUUCUAAAGCAAGCACUUGCUGCUCCUGUUGUUACCGUAGCUUCACCAUCUGCAAUUCGUGCUUGGAAGAUUCUUCUUUCAGAUUCAGAGUGGAGCAAUUCCAUUGCAUGCAUUGGUGAGACAACUGCUGCAAUGGCAAGAAGUUUAGGCUUCACAAAUGUGUACUACCCAGCACAACCAGGCCUUGAAGGCUGGGUAGAAAGCAUUAUUGAAGCAUUAGGAUCCUAUGAUGAAUUGUUGAAGUAAUCCUCUGCCUUUUAUUGCAACCUGGAGAUGUUUUCAGCUGUUUCACAUGCACUAAGAUUAGUAUAAUGAUUUGGCAUCAUGGAUGGAUAUACUCGCUGUUCAGUAAUAUUUUUAGGAAUACUGAAGAGCCUAUCAUGAGAAAGUGGUAAAUAGUUUCCAUCAUGUAAAUAGCAAUGCCAAAUUUUCAUCUAUCACUAAUUGAGCACUCAAUUUGUCCUAAACAUUGUGGAUGCACUUGAAAUUAAGAAUGAUUAUUUACAUUGAAUUACGAUUUUCAUGUUUUUAUGAAAGUUUAUAGUCAAGAAAAGCUACCCAGAGCAUUAAUAUCCUUCGUUCAAACACGACGCUGUUUUAGAAUGUAACUGAGUGUGUGGGAUCUGAGACCUUUUUUUUUUUUUUUUUCUGUCCGGGUCAGGCAAAUAAUUUUGUUUGGGCUUUUAGCAUUUUCUUUAAUCUCUCUCAUGGUGUGGGGGAUGAUUUUGGUUCUGUAAUAAUCUUUUGUUCCAACUAGAGCUAAAUCUUAUACAUCAGUUUGAUAUAAUUUAAUUAUUAAUGAAAAUU